AUGAGCCGCCGGCGCCGUUCCUCGCCGGCGCCCGUCCCCCGGCUGGACGUCGAAGACCUUCUCCAGGACAUCUUUCUCCGCCUCCCUCCACAGCCAUCUUUGCUCCCCCUCCUCUCCCUAGUCUGCAAACACUGGCGCAGCAUCCUCUCCGACCCCGAGUUCCUCAGCCGCUUCCGUAGGCACCACCGGAACCCGCCGCUGCUCGGCUUUUUCGCCGGGGGAAACUACAACCGGAACCACGUCUUCACCCCCGUCCUCGACCCGCCCGACCGCAUCCCCGCCGCGCGCUUCCCGCUGCCAUGGCGCCACAGCCCCUGCGAGGAGUGGAACUUCGUCGACUGCCGCCACGGCCUCGCCGUCCUGAUCAACGAGUCACGGCGCGAGAUCGUCGUGUGGGAUCCCCUCACCGACCAGCAACGCGGCGUGGCUUUUCCACGUGGGCUUGACGACGACGACAACGGGAAGAGGUACCGGCACGCCGCCGUGCUCUGCGCCGACCCCGAAGACGGGCAUGUGCACGGCGAUUGCCUCUCUAGCCCAUUGAAAGUGGCCCUGAUAUCCGUCGGACGCUUGCAUGCAUCCGCUUGCCUCUACGAAUCGGAGUCUCGUCGAUGGGGAGACAUUGUCUCGACGACCACUAGAGAUAACAUUUGUUUGGUAAGACCCAGCAUUCUGGUAGGGAACACACUCUGCUGGUUGAUUGGGUGCGUCAUCCUCGAGUUUGAUUUUGAAAGGGAGGUCGUUCGUGCGGUCGAGGCGCCUGCGGAAGUUUGGAUCAGCUAUACCGACUAUUGGUCUCUUCAACUCUUGCGGACCGAGGACGGUAGCCUUAGACUCGCCGUUUUGUCGAAGCACAAGCUGAGCAUUCAAUUAUGGGAGAGGAAAUUGAGCUAUGAUGGUGUUGCUAGUUGGGAGGAGUACUAA